AUGGCCAAUCCGAUCCUCGUCGCCGACACGGACGGCCUCUUUGGCGCCACGGUUACCUGGCACUACUUGGACUACUUCCCGCUGGUUCGAGUGGUUCGCCAGGCUGACUCUACGUUCUCCACCAUCCUGACCAAGAUCGGUGACGGGAGAGCGCUGGACGAAGAGGACCGCUUCAACACGUUCGUUGCCAACCAACAGAAAGAGCAGCGAAAAGUCGUGUGCUUGCGUGGUUGCGACACGUUCCUCGGCUGCAAGACUCCACACGUACUCGACAACGCCAAACGCAAGGUUGACAAGAUGGCUACCAGCGAGUUUGGAAACCUUCCGCGAGAGAUUCUGCUGGUGGUGGGGAAACCGUACAUGAUCACGUCCAACAUCGACGUAGUGGAUGGGCUCGCCAACGGCGCUGUCGGCACGAUCACUCGUGCGCGUUCCAAACGAGCGGUGCAAGAAGCCAUACGCAACGAGUACGUCGUUGAAAGCGCGUGGAUCCCGAUCGAACCACAGUCUCUAACGCUAACCAUCGACCGCAAGUCCGGCGUUGCCUGCAAACGGCUUCAAUUCCCUCUCGUGCAGGCCAGCGCCAUUACCGUACACAAGUCUCAGGGCGGCACGUACUCCGAGGUCGUGUACGAGUACGCAAAGACCCACCCGCAAACGUUGGUGCACUUUGCGCUGAGCCACUGCACCGACAUCAACACCCUAUACCUCGCCAACUCGUCCGCCGAUCACUGCUUCCAUCACAAAGACACCAACGCCGACAAGAACAUGGCGGUCGAGUUUGAACGCUUGCAGAAACACAAGCUGGACACCGUCACGCACUGGUACUUGCACGUGCUCGAGACCCGCGUUCACGCAGAGACCAAAUUCACGCUAGCGCUCCUAAACACCAGAUCGCUCAGCGCUCAUGCGUUAGACAUUGAGCGAGAUCCAGUGCUCAGCUAA